AUGGAUACUGGUUCCCCCCGCUCCCGUCCUCACGAACAAGAAUGCGAAAGGGAACUUGUUCGAUUAUUGGUAGAACACGGCGCUACAGAUCUUGAACGCUUGAUUAUCCUGCAAGACAAGGGAUGGAAUGAUACCACUACAGAACUUCAUUUUUGCAAACAGCGCCACACUUCUGAUACCUGCUCGCCCAAGCUCAACCUCAUCUGGUUUAAGAGAAUGAAAAUUCUGUUUCGAGAGAUAGAUAGUAAUGUUGAUGUUGUUUCCUUUACCCAUGGUUUGGUCUUCCUCGACUUGGGGUGCUCUCCUGGUGUAUCCCUACCUGUAGAAGAGGGCGGACAUGAGUUUUUACUGGAAAGUGACUACCUCACGCGGUUCCACUUGCUCUCAGCCAACCUCACCUACUUCGAGCUUGGUCCACACUGCAACGACACAGUUGAGCUCCAUCGUCUGCCGAUGUACAUGUCGGUACCAGUUUUCGAUCUUGUACUGUUGGACGGACACCAACUACGCACCCAGACGACCUCCGUCCCGUGGGAUCGUGACAGGCUUCUGAUCUCCCAGGUGAUAAUAGGGUUAAAGUCAGUCAGACAAGGUGGUACGCUCGUCGUUAAACUUCCUCUACCGCAUCGCCAUAUUGCUGCACGGAUCAUCUUCCUCCUCCGCAUCUUAUCAAACGAGCUGGUAGGAUGGAAGCCACUUUGCAUGCAUGCCAACCGCGGUCAGUUCUACGCUGUUGCAAAAGGCGUUGGCGAAGGAAAGUCGGGUGGAAAUUUACAGAAUUAUAUUGAAAAACUAGGCUUAUUAUGGUCCGCGUUGACAUUUGGAGGGGAGGAUAACGUGGGGAGAGCCAUGGUUCCAGAGGAUUUAGACUUUAUUAUAUCGAUGAACGAUCUCAGGGACCAUCACUUGGAGUGGUUGUUGGAAUACGGCAAACCAUUCUGGAAAGUUCAGGCAAAUGCUAUGGAAAGGUUCUACUUGAAGAAAGAUCCCAGUGGCCAGUGCGCGCUGUGGUGUCCUGCUCCGGUUAAAGAACAAUUAUGCAUGUGA